AUGAAAUUUGAAUUAUUACCAAAUGAAAUAUUUAUCGAAUGUUUUGAAUAUCUUAAUGGACAAGAUAUAUUUUAUUCAUUUGAUCGAUUAAAUUGUCGCUUUAACAAACUUAUUCGACAUAUUUGGUUACAUGUCAAUUUUCAAAAUGUUAAAAAAGCAAUAUUUGAUCAAUUUUGUAAAACAAUAUUAUUGGAUCCAGAAAUCAAGACAAAAAUUUGUUCAUUAAAAUUAUCGAAUGAAUCAAACACAUGUGGGCAAAUUGGAGAGUUUUUGUCUUUUUUUUCAUUGAAUAAAUUUUCUCAUCUUCGAUCGUUAACCUUGAUUAAAGUAAAAGAAAAUGAAGUGGACAAGAUAAAAUCUAUGUUACCAACGUUAUCUGAUCUAUGCUAUUUUUGUUUGAAUGAUACCUUACAUAAACACGAUGAAUUACUUUCUGCAUUACCAUUAUCGAAAAUCCGAACAUUAUUAGUACGAGAUUUAUCUUAUGAUUUAAUGUCCAUUUAUGAAACUAUAUCAAUUACAAAUUUAACACUUUUCGAUUGUUCUUUUAAUGAUUUAUGUCAAAUUUUGAAAUAUGUACCUAUGUUAAAAUAUUUAAAUGCCGGAUGUAUGGAUAGUGAUGUCAAAGACGAUAAAUUUCUAAAAACAGCUUUAUGCCUCGCUAACAAUCAGGCACUUUUAUUAAUAAAACUAAUUAUACGUAUAAGCUCCAUUACAUUUGUUGAUUUUGAAAUGCUGUUAAAACAAACACCAAAUUUGAGCACAUUAAUAUUAUCUUCUUCUAGCAGACACCUGAUUAAUGCUUAUGAUUGGGAACAUUUCAUUUCAAUUUUAUUACCUCAUUUAAAUCAUUUCGAAUUUAAAUUCUAUAUUAGACUUAUAGAGAAAGACGACACAGAUCGAACAAUUGAUGAACUAUUUCAUAUAUUUAAACAAUUUCAAACAGAUUUUUGGCAUAAUCAACAUCAUUGGUAUACUGAAUAUUAUGUACACAAGGAUAUGGCAAUCAUAUAUACCAUACCCUAUAUAUCUCAAUACUUUACGUUAACACCUGAUAGAAAUAAACAUUGUAACAUAUUAGUGAACAACUCACAAUCAUUCGAGAGAGUUACAAAAUUAACACUAUCAUCAUCAGCACUGACAAAUAAUUGUAGACAUUAUUUUUCAAACGUACAAUCAUUACAUUUAGUAAAUUAUAAUUCUAGAUCCAUAAAUGAUCUCUGUGCAUUAAAUCCAGAAGAUAUACAAUCUAUUAAAAAUAUUAUUAAUCUAUCAAAUUUAAAACAUUUGGAUAUUGAAGAUCAUUAUAGCAUUAAUUUAUCAUUAGUAUUAUUAGAAAUGUUAAAACAAGCCCCUCAAUUAUCAUCAAUCACAAUGCGUACGUCUAGUGUAACAUUAUUGUUUGACAAUGAUCAACUAUGUCAAUAUUUAAAUAAAAUGAUUAAAAAAUUAAAUAUUAAAAAAUUAGCUUAUUUUUAUCCAUAUAUUCAUUCAAAUCAAAUUGAAAAAUUUUGUACUAUAUUCUCAAAUAUCGAACAACUUGAAUGUUCUAUUGAUCAAUUGGAUCAUUUAUUAUUAUUAUUAAGUCAUUUAUCAAAAUUAUCUAAUAUUACAGUUAAUAGCUCAUGUUUUCCUGACGAUAUCAAUCUCUGGUUACAUGAUAAAACAAUGGAAUUAAAAAGAAACUAUCUUUUUGAAUACACGGAAGAAAUAUUUUCACCUGAAAAUAAAACAUUAAAUAUUUGGAUUGGUGAAAAUAUUAAUUAA